CUCCGUGUCUCGAUCGAUCACGAGAGAUGUAUCCUCUGAGAGCUUAGUAAAACACGACUUGACAAUUUACAAGAGAAUCUUCCAGGGAAUAACCAUUUCGAAGAAUCGCAUCUGUAACCCACUCGCUCCAUUUUCUCGUAAUCAUUUAUAUACCAACCCACCUAAAUAAACCCCCCGACCCCCCUCCUAAUCCGUGCGGCGUAUAUUCCUCCCCCGCGUUUUGAUCUCUUCUCUUUUCCCACGCUUCUGGGCUACCUAACGUACCCCACCUACAACCGUCAAGCUGUUUUCCUCAUCCUUCUCUAGACGCAUCUUCCUCCGCUCUGGUGCCGGCCUGUCAGUAGCAGCUGUAACAACGGGCGUGUUUACCAAGACGCGGACCACCCUGUACCAAUCCGAACUCCAACAGACGAUAGGCAAGCAGCAACAGCGGAGGAACAUGCACAGCAAAGUAGUCAUCAUCGGCUCCGGGCCGGCCGCCCACACCGCGGCCGUUUACCUUGCCCGCGCCGAGUUGAAGCCCGUCCUAUACGAGGGCUUCAUGGCCAACGGCGUCGCCGCCGGCGGGCAGCUCACCACGACGACCGAAAUCGAAAACUUCCCCGGCUUCCCCAAGGGCAUCAUGGGCGGCGAGCUCAUGGACCGGAUGCGCGAGCAGUCGGAGCGCUUCGGCACCGUCAUCGUCAGCGAGACGGUCGACAAGCUGGACCUCUCGUCGAGGCCGUUCAAGUACGCCACCGAGUGGUCCCCGGACGAGAUCCACACGGCCGACGCCAUCAUCCUCGCCACGGGGGCCUCGGCCCGCAGGCUUGGGCUGCCGGGGGAGGACAAGUACUGGCAGAACGGGAUCUCGGCCUGCGCCGUGUGCGACGGGGCGGUGCCCAUCUUCAGAAACAAGCACUUGGUUGUCAUCGGGGGUGGUGACUCUGCGGCGGAGGAGGCGAUGUUCUUGACCAAGUAUGCUAGCCAUGUUACUGUGCUGGUGAGGAAGGACAAGUUGAGGGCUAGCACGAUCAUGGCGAAGAGGUUGCUGGGGCAUCCCAAGGUUACGGUCAAGUUUAACACUGUGGGUGUGGAGGUCAAGGGGGAUGACAAGGGGCUGAUGAGCCAGCUGGUGGUCAAGGAUGUUGUUUCUGGGAAUGAGGAGACGCUGGAGGCGAAUGGGCUUUUUUAUGCCAUUGGUCACGAUCCUGCCACCAAGAUUGUCAAGGGUCAGCUGGAGACUGAUGAGGAGGGUUAUGUCAUCACCAAGCCUGGCACUACGCUGACCAGUGUUGAGGGCGUGUUUGCUGCUGGUGAUGUGCAGGAUAAGAGGUACAGGCAGGCCAUUACCAGUGCAGGAACUGGCUGCAUGGCUGCUCUCGAUGCUGAAAAGUUCCUGUCCGAGAUGGAGGACACGACAGCUGAGCACAAGGCCGGGAAGGAGGGGAACCUAUAGAAGUUAUAUAGAGGUUAGACGUCAUUUUUAGCGGCAGCCUUUUGUGAAUAGAGAUACCACUGUUUUUGGCGGUCUGUCAGGAUAUA